AUGCUGAUGGAUCCUGAUGACAGCUUGAGUGGCGUCACGCUGCAGAUUUGCGACGUCUUAAUGAGAUUUGAGGUGCACCUGUCGCUCAGACCUCACUCCCUUCACCUCACUGCUAAUUUACACAUCACGCGUUACAGCACACUACACAGGGAGAGCAUCAGAAGCCGCGGACCUGCGCGCACGACUCAUGCUCCACAGCGGGGGGCCACGAGCACCAGUCCACACCCACUGAAGCAAGCAUCGGACCCAGCCAGGACCAUGCGCCUCUACCAUGGCCCCCAGGUGCCACAAGCUGUUGGUCAUGGGAACCGGAGAGACAGGACACGCCGGGUCUUCCUCCCUCUUCCUCCUCUUCUUCCUCAGGACUCAGACACCGUCGUGGACUCCCAGGAGGACGACGAGGAGUUGACCGUACCCUGGAAAGUGCUCCUGCCCCUGGGUCCACAGCUCCGCUGCAGCCUGCACCAGGAGCUGCUCUUCUGCCACAAGCGAGGUCUGUUGCCGCGGAAGAGGCCAGAGCUCCAGAGUGUCCUGCAGAGACACCGGGAGCAAAGGGAGAGGGUAGAGCGCCCCCUGUCGGACCUGGACCGUCACCUGCAGACAUGCACACUCAGGAGGACCGCAUUGGAGUCAGAAGAUGAGAGAAGAAGGCGACCGAUUGAACCAGAGUAUGUUAAAGUGAAAGGAGCACUGCGCCACAUCUCUGUUUUUCCUCAAUGA